GUCUUUCCUUUUGGUGGCGCGGGGUAUUAUGGGAGCGUGCGCCGCUUUCAUUUAAAUAAAGCAAUUCUGCAAUUUUGUAAGAAGUUGUUUACUGUUGAAACAUAAUAGUUUCGCGUUGCGUUGUGACUGUUCGUUAUCUGUAGACAUGGGAGGUAACAACAGUACUCGCCGUGUGUCCUUUGAAGCGGACGAAAAUGACAACGUGACUGUGGUGAAGGGCAUUCGGCUUUCUGAAAAUGUUAUCAACAGAAUGAGAGAGCCAUCCCCAGUUCCAACAAGAUCACCUAUUCAGCCACCUGGAAUUCCUCUUUCUACUGCUGGCAAAGAAGAUGCUGCUAAUAAGAAAAUUACAGAAAAUUUGGAAAAUGAAAGUUUCAUAGAAGAUACUAAUCUGCAAAAACGACUGGAACAGAAUAAAGCAUUUGUUCGCAAUGAAAUUAGUAAAGUUUUAGAAGAGGAGCGGUCUGCUGCCAGUGAGAACAUUACCAGAGCUGUACUGCGUGAGCAAUUGGCUACAGAAGAAGAGCGGCUGAAAGCCAAAAAAUUUGAUCUUGAAACAAAGGCCAAGCAAUUGGAAGAGAAAGACAGAGAGUUAAAAAAGCAAGAUGCAUACUAUAAAGAGCAGCUAACAAGAUUGGAAGAGAGAAGUUCUCAGUUUUAUAAAGUCACUACUGAGCAGUAUCAAAAGGCUAUGAAUGAAGCUGAAGCAAAGUUUAAACGAUAUGAAUCCCAUCCCAUCUGUGCGGAUCUCCAAGCUGGCAUUCUGCGUUGUUACCAGGAGAACCACACACAAACUCUUAGCUGCUCCAUGUUGGCUAAACAGUACCUGCAAUGUGUUAACAAUGUGAAACAGACAAUGCUCCAGAAAGGUGGUUAACUACUGAUCUUUCUUCACAAAGGCUCUGUUUCCUAGAGAUUAUUUUGCAAAAUCUAGCAUCAUAAUUCAGAAUAAGUCAAGACUGGGCAACAACACUGUGGAAAGUGGAAAGAUUUAGGGCAUAUUUUUUUCCUUCUGUUUUUCCACACAUUUUGGCCUUAUCUUAUUUCUAGAUAUAAAGAUAAUAUCAGCUACUUAUAAGUAAAAGGAUUUUUUUAUUCUUUACUGCAUAAGUUACAAAACAUGUUUGCUUUUGUAUGUAUGUCAUAUUACUUUUAUUUUAAGGUCAUGGUAAUGAGAAUUCUUCCUCUGGUGUCUAGAAUUCAGUUGACUGUUUUUGAUCUCACUAUUUAAAGUAUAUUUUAAGAACAGCGUCUUUGUCUCUUUUUUUGGCAGCACAUUUCCUUUCAGAAUGCACACUGAUAAAAUUUUGCCACAGUGAUUUUCAUCAAGUUUGCAGACUCCCUUUAAGAUAAGGGUUAAAUGAUUCUUUGUGUCUUACACAUUUAUGUUGAUUGUAAUUUAUUGACUGAUGAAAUAGUAUUGCUGCAUAUUAUGUUUCAAGUUUUUUAAGUCAUGAUUUUAAUUUAUAUGUAUACUAGGUAUCUGGCAGGGUGACAUAAUUUUUAGUGUUGUUUUCCAAUUGCAGAGUCCUGGGCCAUGCCUGUCCUGGCCACUAUCUGAAUAGAUUUUGCUCUUUCACUUGUAAAGUUGCUGUAAAUUACCAAAUUACAGUUAUUUGGACAUAACACUUGCAAAAUAAUCUUAAUUAAGGUAUGAAGAUGUCACGCUUAACAGUUUGUUGUUAUCCAAAUAUCUAAUGACCUACUGUACUUGCAUUCACAGGUGGUCACACAUACAUAACGUAUCCCACAACUGGAAGGUGUUUGUUACAGUUCCAUUAUUUAUGCCAUUUUUUCCUUUAUAGUUUCCAUACAUAUAAAACUUUGUUUUAUAGCUAACCUGAACAUAAAGUAUGUCUUCCUUUUAUGACUCAUGUUUGUAAGGAAAUAUCUUUCUUCCUGUCUAGUUUGAGCGAUGUUUUUGUAACUAAAAUUAUUUCAUUUUAAACCUUUGGAUGGGAUAAGCAGACUAAUAACAGAUUUGCAGGGCAUUUAAGCUUUUAAGAAUCAAAGCUUGUGAUGCAAAUAGUGAUGUACACAAGUAGUCAUACGUAAUGACUGCCUAUGCUACCUGUUUUCCAGUCUUCUUCAAGAGGCAAUUAAUACUUAUAAUUUUCUGAACACUUAGUAAAGAAUGGGCCACGUGUGUAAAAAAGUAAGAGGGCCUAGUACCGCAGCAUCCUAUCCUUCGAUUCAAUUUUCUCCUGACAAUGAUAGCUUCAGGCAAACUCUAUAUUGACAGACUGCUAUUGCUGCUGAUUUUUAAUGAAUCAGGUUUUCAAAUUACUUGUUAGAACUGUACAGUGAAUAAAAACCCUUCUUAGUAA